GCGGGUGUUGGCGGAUGGGGGAGUCUGGGCGGUGGACUGCGACGGUAUGAUAACGGCGUAUGUUUACAAUCCAUUGACUCCUCACGUCAGUUUGGCUCGGAAAGCCAUGGAAACUUAAUACCCCUUUGGAUUUGGCUGACGCUUUACAGUGGGGGACACAGCAGUGCUCGGCGUUGGUUUCUCCUGACUAUAAAAAUGAACCGUUUUUAAAUGUUUGCGGUCUUGAUUCAUGUAUAAAGUGUAUCAACGUCAGCUGGCUAGCGCGAUAAACACACAGACCGGAACCGGCCGAGCUGUAUUAAUUGAAACAGGAAGUACGUCACACAGCUUAGUGCAUACACCCUAUACAAACCCUGAUGCGGUCAACGCUGUCGUAGUGGACUUGCCAAAUAAGUCAUUGGCCUAAUGGCGCUUGGUAGGUAUUUAUGACUGUGAAUACUGUGUUGUUUAACAGUAGUGUAACGCUACUCCGAAAUGAGGUCAGGGCGGGCUGGCUCCACGUUAACGCAGACCGAAGCUAACGCGCUGCUAGCCGCUGAUGGUAAACAGAGGUCAGCUCUGGAGCUAAACCGGGCUCCCCUCAGCAUCAUCCACAUGGGAAGAUUCAAGACCGCUUUCCGAUAAACGCCCGACGCCUGAGGGAUCCCCGGGACAACAAUAAAGAUGAGACGCUUCUCCUCAGACAACAACAAUUUUCCCUACGACAACAACAUCCUUGUAUUGGACAUGGUGCUGAGUUCUCUCUGGGGACUACCUCAACCCAUAAACUGGGACAAUGUAGCGAAACUUGUCCCAGGUUUCACACCCAAGGAGUGUGCCCAUCGCUUUGAGGAGCUGAAGAGUACGGUGGGUUUUCCCCACCUCGACAACCAGUGCAACACCCUGCCGACGGAUGGCUCCUCCCCGUCGGACAGCCUGUCCUCCUACAUCAAGUCCAACCUGGACCCCGGGGACUCUGAGGAGAUGAGGACCAGUCAGAGCAACAGCACCAUGGAUGGGAGCACUUCAGGCAUGGUUGUUGCGGGGCAGAAGGAGAAAAGCCUGUCCAUGGGAGAGGAGGAGAACGCUCCUAAAGCUCGAGAUCCCAACAUGGUGAUCCAUGUGUGUGACGAGGCCAAGAACCUGAAGCGUGACUUCACGUGUGCGCGGGACCUCCUGGUCAAAGAGAUGCGCUACUUCGCCGAGUACCUGUCGGUGGACUCCCAGCGCUGGGAGGAGGUGGACAUAUCCGUGCACUGUGACGUGCAGAUCUUUGACUGGCUCAUGAACUACGUGCGCAGGAACACUCCGGCAGAGGGCAUCAGGGAGAAACCACGGCUCGAGCCCAGCAAUGUGAUCUCAAUCCUGAUCUCCUCCGAGUUCUUGAAGAUGGAUACGUUAGUGGAGGAGUGUAUACAGUACUGUCACAAACACAUGAGUGCCAUCGUGGCCACGCCCUGCAACAUGAACUGCAUCAACAGCAACCUGGCCAUGCGCGUCGCCGACCUCUUCAACCACAACGAGGCCGACGACGUCAGGGACAAAAAGGACAAGUUCAAAAGCAAGUUGUUUCAGAAGAAGAUCGAGCGUCUGUUCGAUCCCAGCUUUGACAACCGAGAUUCCCCAGGAAACGCAUCAACUCUCUACAGAUGCGGUCUGUGCCACAAACUGCUGACCAAAGACACAGAGAGAAGGAUCUCCUGUGUUCCUGGGAAGAUUUACAUCGACGCCAAGGGAGAGAUCGCCUACUCUCAUAUCAGACAGAAGAGCUGGGAGGUACAUGACUACCUCAGCAGUGUGCAUGAGGAGCUAAAGUCAUGGGUGCUGGUCUAUUGGAGGAUCUGGGGAACCAUCAAUUCCCUCACCUGCUCCCGCUGCCAACAGGUGUUUGUGUGUGCAGAAUUGACCCACUGCAGGUACCACCCGGAGAGUGUGCAGUACCCGGGCAUGGCCUCGGAGAAGGGCUGGCACGGCACGGGUCUCUACCCCUGCUGCAACCAGAGGGUGCUCCGCUUCGACCCAUCGGGCCUGCCCAAGGGCUGUAAGAUGCGGGACCACAUCGUGAGUCUCCCUGACGAGGAGGGCAGCGCGGGGAACCCCGUGAUGUGGGCCCCGACCCGGGUGCUCAAUGACCUGCUGCUCCACAGGGACACGGUGUGUGCGGCCCAUGCACCCCCGCCCGACCGGGCCCAGGAGGCCAACCCUGGUGGAGAGAAGGCUCCGGAUUGUGAUGUUCUCCAGGAGCCCCGGCUCUUCAGACCCUCCAGAGGAGAGGGCAGCACGUUUUCUCUUCUGAAAAGCUGGAGUAUGCAACUGAGGCAGCAGUGCCUCCUGUCCGAGGAUGAGGAGUACACCACCGGGUCGGAGAUCACGGAGGAUGAGGUCGGAGAUGAGGAGGAGCUCUCCAAGAAACAAGCUGCCAAGAAGGGCAAGCGGGCUCAUAGACCGUUGAAAAGACAAAUGUCCUCCCCGAGCUUUCAACGCAAAGAAAAAUCGGAGAAGUCACUAUCGAGGGACCACACACCUUUCACCAUGAGCGUCCAGAAGAGCAGAUGGGACAGCAAGCGCUCCCUGCGAUACAACCAGGAUGCUCAGAGAGAAGAAGACCAACGCAGGACGGUGGAGAUAAUCUCUCACCUGACCAAAAUGAGAUUUGGCGACCAGGAGCAGAGCAAAUCUAAGGACACCAAAGAGCCGACAGGAGGGAUCUACUGCAGGUUGGAGAAUCAGUUCAAGAGCACUGUUCAGACCAAGCAGCAGAGUGCUGAUAAAAAUCCUAGAACUAAAACCCGCUACGCUCAGAUCCGCACCACGUAGACCCCCCUGGGGGAACGCCGUGAGGGAGCGGAUGGAUGCAUAGAGGGGGAGAAGGACUGGAAGCGACUAGCAGAGAAACCACUUCAAGCCGCUUAAGCCUAACAACCCACCCAGCCGCGCCUGGUGGGAGUCUCUCCUGCAUACACGGAGAAGCCCAGAGCAGUGGAUACAGCACAUUCUGCUACACUUAGAAGUGGCUUACAUAUACUCUCCUAUGCUUAGAAGGGGAUCUAAUAUACUCACCUACAUUUAGAAGUCGAUUCAGUACUCUCACUUAUGCUUAGAAGUGGAGUUAAUAUUCUAUCUAAUACGCUCCACCAGGUAGGGGUGCGUUCUGAGUCCAGCUCGCGUAGGGACAGUAGCUUCCUUUGCACCUUUCAGUUUCAAACUUCCUGAUAGACAUCGACCCUUUGCAGGAGGAGGACGUUCUGGUCCUGUUGAACCUCCGAUUUGUGUCUGAAACCCCCGUCAGGAAGGAUAAUUGGGUUACAUCAUGAGGUUAAAGAACAAGAAAGCCAACAAUCGAUAUCCUUUGCAGACAGUGCCACUUUACUCCAGCCAAAUCCCUACCGGACCAAAGUGUAUGCCAGGGUGAGAUUUACAGCAUCGAAAAUACAUCUUCUUCUGGGUUGCACAGGGCAUGAAAGUGUCCUUUAUAAAAGUGUCUCCUAAUCUGAGUGCAGAUUGGGGCACCGUUCAGCAUGCCACACGCCUUUUACGAACGUUAUAAACACAUUUAUUUACAUGCACUGCUCGUCAGAUUUAUCCUUAGAGAUUUAAGAAAGAAAUGUAUGAUUGUAGCUGCUGUUAUUAUGUUAUUAUGGCUGUACCUUAUGCCUGUAUGACCGCAAGAAACCUGGGUGAUGUCAUGGUAAAUAAAACUAGUAAUUUCUGCAGUUUGUCGUGUAUUUCGUGGUU